AUGGGUGGCGCUGUUUCCAAGGAGGAAGGCUUUAUUUCGAAGGAAAAGUCGGGCUAUAGCUUCACCCAGGAGAGCCAUGCCAAGAGAUAUGGACGGAUCUCCCAGGAUUCGCUUGCUGUGAAUGAACUGGCGCCGCCUCCUUAUGAGAUCAAGGAGCGCGUAGUCACUCUUCCACUCUCGGCGACUAAGCAAUGGGAGUCUUCCUUACUUUCAGAGCCGAAGAACCGCCUUGCUAUCUCCGCUCUUUCUGCAAAUCCCAUCUCCUCUAUUCUGACCAACCAAGCAGCUGCCACAGCGGACACGCAAACAUUCAACAUCAAAAUCCCCUUUGAAGGUGGCCCGAUCACAAACCAACGCUCCUCCGGCCGCUGCUGGCUGUUUGCGUCUACAAAUGUCUUCCGCGUGGCCAUCAUGAAACGGUACAAUCUCAAGGAUUUUGAGCUCAGCCAGGCCUAUCUUUUCUACUGGGACAAGAUCGAGAAAGCCAACUGGUUCCUCGAGCAGAUCAUCGACACGGCAACCACCCACGAGCUCGAUGACCGUCUGGUUCAGACGCUGUUCUCUGAUCCCAUCUCCGACGGCGGCCAGUGGGAUAUGGUAUCCAACCUGGUAGAAAAGUAUGGACUUGUCCCGCAGGUCCUGUACCCGGACGGGUACAAUGCGAAGAACUCCUCGAAGAUGGACUGGCUGAUCACUGCGAAGCUGCGUGAGCAGGCUCUUGAGCUGAGAAAGUUGGCUACUACCGCCGCCACGGCUGCCGAGGAGACCAGCGCGCGCCGAGCGCAGCUGAUGCUCUCUUUGGCCAAGGAGCGGUUCAUGCAGGAGAUCCAUUCGAUUGUGACCAUCAUGCUGGGUCCCGUGCCGGAUCCGCAGGGUAAAUUCCAGUGGGACUUUUAUGAUGCGAACGGCAAGUUCCAUCAACUGCAGCUGACCCCGAAACAAUUUGCUGCGAGCCUCUCCUCGAAGCAAGGGGUGCAGACAUGCGGUGGUGUCAAUCUGUCAGCGAUGUUCAGCCUGGUCAAUGAUCCACGAAACGAGUAUGGACGUCUCUUGACCGUCGACCGACUGGGUAAUAUGGUGGGAGGACGCGGCAUCACUUACGUCAAUGUGGAUAUGAGUACCAUCAAAUCUGCAGCCAUCAACAUGCUCAAGGCCGGAUACCCAGUCUUCUUCGGCUGUGAUGUAGGCAAGUUCUCCGACUCAGCAACGGGAAUCAUGGACCUAGACCUCUUCGACCUUACGUUGGGCUUCAACAUCUCGCUGGGCAUGGACAAGGCGCAGCGUUUGCAGACGGGCGAGUCCUCCAUGACGCACGCCAUGGUCCUGACCGCCGUCCAGGUGGAGAACGGCGAGCCCGUCCGCUGGCGCGUGCAGAACUCCUGGGGCGAGACCGCAGGCGACAAGGGCUGGUUCGUCAUGUCGGACAAGUGGGCGGACCAGUUCCUCUACCAGAUCGUCGUCGAUCCGCGAUUCGUCGCCAAGGAAGUCUCCGACAUCCUCAAGCAGGACGCUUUGGUUCUUCCUCGGUGGGACCCGAUGGGUGUCCUUGCUUAG